CUGCCGUGCGAUCCCUCUCUGGACGGUGCGACGAGCCCGGUGCGACACCAUUGACGACAGCGACGAGCGGUGAACGAGCCCGCGCGCAUGCUAUAGCGACGGCACUGCGCUGCACCAUAUAGCCCCCAUAUUGCUUCGCCCCAGCAUCUAUCGCUCGCCCCGCGAGACCUGAGCUUCUAGCUCGACCUGCGUCGAGCCCAUCCUCCCACCACAUCUGUCGCAAUGGGCCGCUUUUUUCUCCCCCGCAAAUGGCGUAUGCCAAAGCUCGUGCUCGGGCUUAUCAUCUUUGAAUUCCCCUUCACAGUAGCGAAUUUGGCCCUCUUUGGCAUCGCCGCGCCCAACACAUACCGCACAGUGCUAUGGCGGGUGGGUGGAGAACUGGGAUUCAACAGCGAUCCUUCGGAGGUCGCGUAUGCGGCGUACAACUACCAGAAGAUGGAGAUCCCGUUAGUGUGGAGCAGUCUAAACACCAACUACAACAUGUACAUCGGCGUCGUAUGCAUGUUCUUCUACCUCAUCAAAUUCACUCUCUGGCUCCUGCACAUCUUCUAUCCCAUAAUCUCCCUUAUCCUGCAUGUUUGCCUCGCCGCGCUCUGGGCCGCUUCGCUGUACAUCCAAACCGCGCCCGACACCGUCGAUCCCGCGCACCAGAACAAGGGCGCCCCGUGGUACAUCACCAAGAGCUGCAACAUCGUGAGCGACCAGACCGAGCGCGGCUACUGCAUGCAGGCCAAAUCCGCCUUUGCCGUCUCCUUGAUCAUGCUCAUCACUUACGCCAUCUUCAUCGGCCUCUCCAUCUGGUCUCUUAUUCCCACCCCUGAAGCCCGCGCGGCCCACGACUCCAAAGUCGCCGAAAAGAAAGCCGAGAAGGAACUUUACGCGUCCUCGCCCUACGACCAGGAGAUGACCGCCGAAGAACAGUGGCAGCACAUGUGGGAGCUGCAACAACUCCCCCGCACGCCUGGCACCGCGACGGGACACGCGCCCUGGGCCAAAGUCCCCGCUACGCCGCGCACUACGGCGUUCAACCAGCUGCAGGGAGCUCCGAUCCCGCAGGCCCACCAGGAGUACUACGCGCAGCCAGGGAGCCCCAUGGUAGCGCCGCCCCAGCAGCAGCAGACUCACUCGCCGCCGCAACAGACGUACGACCCACCACAGCAGACAUACUUCCCGCCACAGCAGACAUACUCCCCACCACAGCAAACCUACUUCCCACCGCCAGGCCAGGUACCACACGAGAGCGUGGGGUACGCGGGGGUCGCGCCCCAGGGGCAGCAAGAGUACGAUGAGUAUCUGUAUGAUGGGAAGGGAAAGGGCACUGCGAUGUGAAAUAACUUUCUUACUCGGAAUAUUUGGUUGUCAAGGG